AUGUUCGAGCCUAAGAUCACGGAGCAUCCGACGGACGUGACAGUCGGUCGGAAUCAACCGGUUACCCUCAACUGCCAAGCCUCCGGUUCCCCGGAUCCCAGCAUCACCUGGUAUAAGAACGGGGUCCCAGUGACCGGUAUUAGGGAUCAGGAACCGCAUCGGGUCCUGCUUCCGUCUGGGUCCCUCUUCUUCCUCCGGGUCCGCAAAGAGCAGGACGCCGGCGUCUACCAUUGCGAAGCACGGAAUUCCGCCGGAUCGGCUCGCAGCCACGAUGCCACACUUUCCGUCGCAGGUAUAUUCUUCGUGGAAUUAACAAAAUUUAUGCCUUGA